CCUAUUGAAGAGUUGAGGAGACACCAGUGUUGAGAAAAGAGACGUUCACUCCGCGAUGUCGUCAUUUCAUGGAGACAGCAAUUAAAGAUGACGUCGAGUCAUUGACGUGUGUGUAGUUUUAUGCAGUCCGCAAUGUUUUGAUGCACUUGGCACGAAUGUUGGUAAAUGACGUGCGGUCGUUAAAAGAGAACGGAGACGAUUAUUUGUGGCUCAUGCGUGUUUUGAUGGUACGAAUUUACGUAUAGAAAUGCUAAAUGUUUUCUGUUAGGAUAUGUUUUUGCUAGGGUUGCGCGAGACUGUUUUUAGCCACUUGGCAUGGCUUGAAUUCCGCAAAGGCAGAGAACCAAUGUCAAGAAUGCUACCAGUGAACUACUGUGAUAUUUUGAUACGGCGAGUGCGCUAUUUGAAGCUAAGGCUUUUAUAUACGCACGUUUUAUUUUUAUCCCUCCUCAAUGUACAGCUAUAAUAGUGAACAUCACUCUUUCCUAAUCGGGACGGGCAAUUGUGUGUCCGAAGCUCACCGGAUAUGCAGAUUUCUAGCUGUCCUUGUAUAUCCAUGUUACCUCAACACUGUUGCGCCUGAACCGUGACUUUCUUCUCUAUGAUCCUCACAAUUUAUGCCCAGUUAGAUUCAGUCGAAUCGCUUUUGGACGAGCAUCCCUAUAUGUUUUAUCUGGGCCUAUUCUUUGUGAACGUCCUCAUUCUCUACUAUGCCUUUCUGAUGGAGUACAUCGUCCUAAAUGUGGGGAUAGUGUUUAUGCCUGAGGAUAUGGACCGGGCUCUGGUGGACCUCGGGGUGCUGUCUGACCCGGCAUCCCUACCCUAUGACUCGGACACAGACUUGGAUAUGUUUGAGGGGUAUCUGGAGUGAUAAGGCGGUGAUGGAUUGGAUCAUAAUGCUGGUCAAGAUGAUGGAGAGAUUAGGGACAAACAAGGCAUGUCUGCUGGAUGUUCAUUGUCUUUUUGGACAGAGAGGAAAAAAGUCCUCUCAGUGUGAAGAUGACCAUCACCAAAAGCCAACUGUUCAACCAUUGUCCCUUGGGAAGACUCAUUCUGUCACUGUGCCGCACCACCAGCCACCUGGGCAUUCACACAAGCAUUUGUGUCCUUAAACUUGGGACCCAAUGGUAGAAAAAAAGGAAGUACUAUGUGCUGCACGUGAGAAGAUACACAUUUUCACUGUGGAUUAAAAGUGCAGUAUUGAUCCAGAGAUGAGCAGCAUGGUGCCGAUCAUAUGUGCUGUAACCACAUCAGCUCAGUGGUGUGAACCAAAGACAAAAGUGACCCUUGCGGUGGAGCCUUUGUAUUCCGAAGAUUGUUCCAUUCUCAUUUGCUCACAAUAUAAUUUAAUCUAUGGAGAAUGUAUUCUUGCUUUGCAGGCACCCACCCUUUGAGAGGUGUGUUAAACAUAAUGUGGGUGUAUAUCUGCUUCACAAUUAGGACUGGUAUUUUGUGGGUGCACCUCUCAAACAUGACACUGGACAUACAAGGGUGGGCAACUGUUUUUGGUUUUGCUUUGUUUUGCUCCAACAUUUUACUAUUUUAGGUUUUCUCUUCAGUGUAUGUGUCCAGCAUAAAUUACUUCUAUGAUAGCUGCUUGGAUCACUGUUAAAACUAAAACGUAAUAAUGACUUGGUGACAACCUUAAAUGGAAUCUUAAAGCAGCUACUUCAUAUUGAACUCAAAAUUUUGUCUUGUACAUAGUUUUAUUUUAUUUUACAAAUUUAAGAGACUUAAAACAGACUUGCAUUGCUGGUUGAAUGUUGUUUUAUUUUAUCUCUGUCUUCUUUGUCAUCCUGUUAUGGAUUGAGAGUUUUCUUCUAAGAAAAGUGUAUGUUACCUUGAAGCAAUAAUGAACUGGAUUAAACAUAUUGGUUUAACAGUG